AUGUCGGCAAACCCAGCUGCGCCGCUCGAAUGGCUCGAGGUGUCUGGCAGCCCGUUCGAGCGCGGCUGUGCGAUCGGCGUGCGAUUCGGCGACAGGAUCCGCGAGCGCGUCGCCACGGCGUUGUUUCUGCAGGACGACAUGAUUCCGUUCGGCACUACCCGGAGAACUGGGAGGAACUCCGAGGCAUGGCGGCCGGCAGCUGCGUUCCAUUUGACGAGGCGACUCCAGAGACGUCCCAAAAGCCCCCUUCCCCCCGGUUCUCCUUUCCACUGCCACCGCAGGGCACUAUUCCCGGAGUACUGGGAGGAGCUCCGAGGCAUGGCCGCCGGCAGCUGCGUUGCAUUCGACGAGGUGUUGCUUCUGAACCUUCGCAAGGAGUUCGGUCCCUACUUGCCCUCCCUCACCGCGCCUGCCACGUCAGCAGUGCUGCCUAAAGUGGUAUCGCCGGCUGUCAUGAUGACGGGACUUGGUUGCGGUGGUGGCGCUGCCACGUUGGACAGGGCCCUGCAGUAUGCCAUGGCAUCUGACGACUGCUGUGACUUGGUGCUGCUCACGGAUGACGUGGCAGCAGUGGGGCACAACGAGGAUACCUCCUCGUAUGUGGAUAACACCUUUCUGUUGCGCAUGCACACCGACAGUGGGGUCGCCUUCACCGCAUACGCCUACCCGGGCGAGCUCCCUUCUGUGGCCUUUGGCUUCAACGAUGCCAGAAUGGGCUUUUCAAUGAACGCGGUACCCCCAGCGCCAUCGGAAAUAGUGAAGGGAGGCAUAGCGCGCAACUUCAUUGCCCGCAGCCUCUUGGAGGCGCGGUCCAUAGAGGAUGCCGUGCAGCGUGUGACUGGCCCAGCGGUGGCAGUGGGGCAUCACUACGUGCUGAUGGACUUUGCCCACCGGCGAAUCGUGUCCGUUGAAACCGCAUCCAAGGGCCGACAUAGCAUCCUGGAGUUCGGUCCAAAUCCCAAGCUGGGAAGCCAAGCUGACCUUAUUGGUGCUCCUGCUGCUUCUAACGGCGCUGCUUCUAACUGUAAUGGUGCUGCCUAUGCUAACGGGAACGGUGCUGCCUAUGCUAACGGGAACGGUGCUGCCUAUGCUAACGGUAGCGGUGCUGCCUAUGCUAACGGUGUUUCUGCUGCUGCUGGUGCUGCUGGUGCUGCUGGUGCUGCUGGUGCUGAAGGCACGAAAUACAUGUUCCAUGCCAAUGCAUACACGAGGCUGCAGCUGCAGGAGAAGGCGACCCCUUGCUCGCACAUUCGAGAGGCCACUGCCAGGCGCCUGGGGGUACCGUCCACCACCCACGACAUCCUUACAAUCCUAUCCAACUCGGACGACAAGGAGCAUCCGAUCUUCCAUGAGGGGAAAGGCCCUUCGAUAAACCCCGUGCCCUUCCCAAGUCUCUCCCCUCACCUCUCUCUCCCCUCACCUCUCUCUCUCCUCACCUCUCUCUCCCCUCACCUCUCUCUCCCCUCACCUCUCUCUCCCCUCACCUCUCUCGCCCACCAGAUCCUAUCCAACUCGGACGACAAGGAGCAUUCCAUCUUCAGUGACGUAAAACCCUAUGUGGCCGGAG